CACACACACACGGUGUUGCAAACAGCAAAGCACUUUCUGUCCUAUUCCUCCCUCCCUCUCUCUGCCUCUUUCUCUCUCUAACAAAUUUUUCUGAAAGGGGGUCGAACCAAAAACUUCAAGAGAAAGAAAAGGGACAAACAGAGGGAGGAGAGAGAGAGAGAGAGCCAAGAAUUAACAAGAUCUCUCAUUCUUCUCUACAAUGAAUGACCUUUUAAAUGAUGAUUUUGAUUCCCCAAGGCAUCAAAAUGACAGAAAUGGAGAUAUUGAAAUGGGAACGGAAAGACCAAUGAAUUCGGGGGAGCUUGGCCUUGACGAUUUCUUUAAGAAGGUCCAACAAAUUGAGAAACAGUAUGAAAGACUGAACGAACUUCUCCAGAAGCUUCAGGAUGCUCAUGAGGAAUCAAAGGCUGUUACAAAAGCUGCUGCGAUGAAAGCAAUUAAGCAGCGCAUGGAAAAAGAUGUCGAUGAAGUUGGAAAAAUAGCUCGAGUUAUCAAAUCAAAAAUUGAGGAACUUGAUAAAGAAAAUAUGGCCAAUAGAAACAAACCAGGGUGUGGUAAAGGAUCAGCUGUUGACAGAUCAAGAACAGCAACAACAGUGUCCUUGAAGAAGAAGUUCAAAGAUAAAAUGGCCGAGUUUCAGGUUUUAAGGGAAAACAUCCACCGUGAAUAUCGUGAGGUUGUUGAAAGGCGAGUGUUUACAGUGACGGGUAAUCGAGCUGAUGAAGAGACAAUUGAUAGGUUGAUAGAGACCGGGGACAGUGAACAGAUAUUCCAGAAAGCUAUUCAGCAACAGGGGAGAGGACAGAUAAUGGGCACACUAGCUGAAAUUCAAGAGCGUCAUGAUGCUGUCAGAGAGUUAGAGAGGAAGCUUCUUGAGUUGCAACAGAUAUUCAUGGACAUAGCAGUGUUGGUUGAUGCUCAAGGGGACAUGCUUGACAAUAUAGAAACACAGGUUUCAACAGCUGUAGACCAUGUGCAAUCAGGGACUACUGCUCUACAAAAGGCAAAGAAACUACAAAGGAAUUCAAGAAAAUGGAUGUGCUUUGCCAUCAUCAUCCUUCUAAUAAUUGUUGUGAUCAUCGUCGUCGGGGUGCUUAAGCCAUGGAACAAUAACAAGGGUGCUUAACUUGUUAAAAAUCCCAGAUACAUAAUGUAUACUAUCACUAAACAUGCGAUUCAUUAUUACAUCUCUUGGUUUUGUAUGUACAUGUGCACCUUGGGGCUUGUCUCUAUAUAGAGUUUGAAGUGUGAUUGAGAUAUGUAAUCUAUUCUUUAUUAUCUUCAUUUUUCCUGGUUGAAAUACAAUUGACACAAAUUUUAUUGAA